GGCAAAAUACGUAAAAGAGUGAAGCCGCGAUUGGAAAAGAAGGUCUGUGGCUGCAGACGGACACGUUUGAGUUGAAAAUCAUGAGUGUCAGUAUGACGGAAAGCUGAAGACAAUGUUUUGUUGAACACAGAGCAGGUAAAUUAAAUAACUAGAAAUACUCCACGGUCCACCACGUCACUGGAUGUGACAGGAUUCACUGAAUUCCAGCACCUCAUUCCACGCUGAUAUUUUACACUCUACUGCUCAGCACUGGUGUAAAAUCAGCUCAGGGUUACUGUCAGGUCAUCCAAGUGCUCCCGUCGUUUCCGUUCACGAUGGUGGACAACCGCUACGCCACGGCCGUCGUCAUCGGGUCGGUGCUCAGUCUUCUGGCCGCUGUGUACCUGUCGGUGGCAGUGGGGACACAGUACUGGUAUCAGUACCACAGUCCGCCGGCAGUAAACACCUCAGAUUUGCGCUCCCUGCACAAAGAGUUUUUGGAAAGCGAGUUUGAUGAGAAGACCUAUAGCGACGCGCUCUUCCGCCUCAACGGGACCCUGGGGCUGUGGUGGCGCUGCAUCCUGGGGCCGGCUGACUCGCACUGGUACAAGGAGCCUGAGCCCACAAUGGUGACUCAGUGUGUGACCUUCACGCUGCCGCAGCAGAUCGAGCCCAAGUACAAGGAAGUGGGCAAUCACAACUCGGAGACAGACCUGUUGCGUUCAUACCUGUGGCGAUGUCAGUUCUUACUGCCACUGGUGUCUCUGAGUCUGGUGACUCUGGGGGCUCUGGUUGGGAUCUUCUCCUGUCUGUGCCACAGCCUUGCGCCCAUGCUGGUGGUCGGAGUGUUCCACCUGCUGGCAGGUUUCUGCUCACUGGCCACUGUGUGCUGCUUCCUGGCUGGCAUGCACCUGCUGCACCAGGCCACGGUCCUGCCGGAGGGCGUGGAGCACUCGCUGGGGUGGUCGCUCUACUUAGCCCUGGUCUCCUCCCCGCUGCAGAUGAUGACAGCCGCCCUGCUGAUAUGGGCAUCCCACAGCCAUCGCCGCAGCUACCGCCGCAUGACAAUAUACCGUGUGGCAUAGGGGCACGAAAGGUCCUCCACCGUCAUCGUCCAGAGUCAUUUGAGUGGUGACUGGUUUUCACAGAACUUCCAACAUUUAUCCAGUUUGAGAUCCUUUUUUAACCUGAAGCAGCUUGGUAAAGUAUGUUGUUCUUGGGUACAACAGCAGGACACUUCCAGUGAUCUUUUUUUAAGUCACAGGACAGUUCCUUAACCACUAAACAACCUACCGCCGCUCUGAAAGAUGUUUACGUGAGAACUGAAGGCUGUUUCUUUUCCCAGUGGUCUUUAAGAAAUUUGACUUCAUAUCAAUUUUUUUACAUGUAUGAGUUGUAUGCUUUUCUCCAAAGGGAUGUACGGUGAUUAACUCGUACUUAGUGAAAACUUUCUAGCACUAUUUACACUGCACUAAACUACCAACAAUAAUUAGCGUUAGCAGCUCACGCAUCUCUUUGGACCAGGGAGAGAAACCUAUGCAAACAGCAUAUAGAUGAAGUGGGAACUGAACCCACAUCCUAUCACACAGUCCUGCCUCUCUGAGGUUCCAGCACUAACUGCUGUGCCACUUUGUCACCUCUAGUUGUUCAGUUUUUUUAGCCAAGUAUUAGGGUGAAUAUGUAGCUUUACUGGACUGAUAGCUUUCAUUUCAUAGUCCCUGUGAAGUAGACACAGUCAUGCUAUUUAUAAAAUUGUUUUGUUGCCAAGU